AUCAAGCCGCAAAACGUCCUCCUCGACGCCGCCGGGCACGUCCAGCUCACCGACUUUGGCUCCUGUGCGCCUCUCUCUCCCGGCACGACCUCGAUCGCCCGCAAGCACUGCCGCGUCCUCCUCGGCACGCCCGACUAUAUCGCACCCGAGGUCCUCAAGCAUGCCGAGCGGGUCGACUGGUGGGCGUGCGGCGUCGUCCUGUAUGAGCUGCUCUACGGCCGCACGCCUUUCUUUGCCGAGGAGAUCAGCGAGACGUACGAGCGCAUCGUU